AUGGAUGACCUAUUCGACGUUUUCGACGACCAGCCGUCCAAUCUGAAGGACGAGCCCCAAACUUCACCCCCAGCGAAGGCAACCAAGGAGAAAAAGAAGAAGAACAAGAAGCGCAAGGCGCGCGAGGCUCUAGAGAAUAGCGCCACCGACGACGCAGUCCCCGCGACGUCUGCACCCGAGGUGGAUGGUCAUGAAGGCGAGCCCAUCUCUCCCGAGGCGGAUGCCGAUGGCGAGCAGAAUUCUGCCGAUGAACAUCUCGACAGCAAGCGCAGACGGAAGGACGAUGUUGCAGAUCCAGUACUCACCGACACUUUCGAGACUGCCGCCUCAAGAGAGGUAGCUGCUGCUGCAGGUUUUGCGCCUCCCGAGAAAGAAGAGACAUCGCUCGUAUUGUCGCACAACAUCCAACAUCAGGUUGCCCUUCCGCCCGACCUCGACUACGAAUACGUGCCGCUUUCAGAGCACAAGCCUCCGGAGGAACCCGCUCGCACCUGGCCUUUCACCCUUGAUCCCUUCCAGCGUCUGUCCAUCUCGUCAAUUGAGCGAGACGAGAGCGUCUUGGUAUCGGCCCACACGAGUGCCGGUAAGACUGUCGUCGCAGAAUAUGCUAUUGCGCAAUGUCUCAAGAAGAACACCCGAGUUAUCUACACGAGUCCCAUCAAGGCCCUGAGUAACCAGAAGUACCGAGAGUUCAACGAGGCUUUUGGUGAUGUCGGAUUAAUGACUGGAGAUGUCACAAUCAACCCGACCGCUAGUUGUCUUGUCAUGACUACUGAGAUUCUGCGCUCUAUGCUAUACCGGGGUUCAGAGAUCAUGCGAGAGGUGGCUUGGGUCAUCUUUGACGAGAUUCACUACAUGCGAGACAAGAUUCGAGGUGUAGUCUGGGAGGAAACCAUCAUCCUUCUUCCUGACAAGGUCCGAUACGUCUUCCUGUCUGCCACCAUCCCGAAUGCCUUCCAAUUUGCCGAAUGGAUUGCCAAGAUCCACAGGCAAGCCUGCCAUGUCGUCUACACCGAUUUCCGACCCACUCCUCUUCAAAACUACUUUUUCCCGUCUGGUGGAACCGGCAUCUUCCUUGUGGUUGACGAGAAGGGCGUCUUCCGCGAGAAUAACUUCAACAAAACAAUGACGAUGAUUGAGGAAAAGAAGGGAGCUGACGCGAAUGACAUCGAUGCCAAGACCAGAGGCAAGGGCAAGCACAAGAAGACCAUGAAGGGCGGCAAGGAUGAGAGCAAUGCCGACAUCCAGAAGAUCGUGAAGAUGGUUAUGCAGAAGAACUUCAACCCCGUCAUCGUAUUCAACUUUAGUAAACGUGAUUGUGAGAUGAUGGCACUGUUCACUUCCAAAUUCAGCUUCAACGACGACAGCGAAAAGGCCAUGGUCCGCAAAGUCUUCAUCAGUGCAAUCGAGUCACUGGCUGAAGAGGAUCGAGAGCUGCCCCAAAUCUCCAAUAUCCUGCCGCUUCUCGAGAAGGGCAUCGGGGUCCAUCACUCUGGCUUGCUACCCAUUCUCAAGGAAACCAUCGAGAUUCUCUUCCAGGAAGGGUUGAUCAAGGUUCUGUUUGCAACGGAAACAUUCUCCAUUGGUCUGAACAUGCCCGCAAAAACUGUCGUCUUCACGCAAGUGACCAAGUUUGAUGGGAUUAAGCGUCGACCACUGACCUCCUCCGAAUAUAUCCAGAUGGCCGGCAGAGCUGGUAGAAGAGGACUCGACGAACGCGGUAUCGUCAUUAUGAUGAUUGACGACAAGUUGGAACCGGAGACAGCGAAGGAAAUUGUCAUUGGUAAACAAGAUCGCCUCAACUCCGAGUUCCAUCUUGGUUACAACAUGGUUCUGAACUUGCUCAGGAUUGAAGCCAUCUCACCCGAGUUCAUGCUGGAGAACUGCUUUUUCCAAUUCCAAAACAGUGCUAGUGUUGCUGGGUUGGAGCAGGAGUUGAUGAACCUCCAGAAGGAGAAGGAUGAAAUGGUCAUUCCUGACGAGGCCACGGUCAAGGAAUACCACGGACUGCGGCAGCAAAUAGCAACUUACACCAAGGACAUGGUCCAUGUCAUCCAACAUCCGAACCACUGUCUGGAGUACCUGCAACCCGGCAGACUUGUUCAGAUUGUUCAUCCUAAGACUGGUCAGGACUUUGGCUGGGGUGUGGUCCUUGACUUCACCGCGCGUAAACCGCCCAAGUUCGGUGACAAGGACUUUACGCCCCAAGAGUCGUACUUUGUUGACGUCUACCUGCACAUUGAUUCGAGGAGCGAGCCCUUUACACCGCGCACACAACCUCCGAACGCGAUGCCCGACGGUAUUCUGCCGCGCACUCCUGCGCGUCAUGGCAACUUCCAAGCGGUGCCGUGCCUUCUCAACACCGUGAAGUCGAUCAGCCAGAUUCGAGUCUUCAUGCCGAAGGAGGUCAAGACCAGGGAGGAUGUUGAGGAAGUCCGCAAGCAGGUUCUCAAAUCUCUCAACGAGGUUGAGCGCCGUUUCCCUGAUGGUAUCCCCAUUCUCGACCCUAUCGAGAAUAUGGGCAUCACGGAUGACUCGUUUCAGAAGCUGCUCCGUAAGAUCGAGGUGUUGGAGUCCCGCCUUCUUUCCAACCCGUUACAUGGCUCGCCCCUUCUCCCGAGUCUGUGGGAGAAAUUCUCGAAGAAGACGUCGCUUGCUGAGGAAGUCAAAGCUCAUAAGAAGAAAAUCGCCAAGGCGCAUAGCAUUGCUCAGCUUGACGAACUCAAGUCGAGAAAACGUGUCCUUCGUCGACUUGGCUUCAUUGAUGAUAAGGACGUCGUGCAGAUGAAGGCACGUGUGGCAUGUGAGAUUUCGUCAACUGAAGGCCACGAGCUGGUGCUCUCUGAGUUGUUAUUCAACCGUUUCUUCAACGAAAUGAGUCCCGAAGUAUGCGCUGCUGCUCUGAGUUGCUUCAUUUUCGAUGAGAAGCUUGAGGCCACUGCAUUGAAGGAUGAACUUGCAAAGCCGUAUGCGCAGAUCAAGGCCCAAGCUAAAAUUGUCGCCAAGGUUGGACAGGAAAGCAAGAUGGAGAUUAACGAGGAAGACUAUGUUGCGUCCUUGAAGUGGGAGCUGAUGGAGACAGUCUAUGCCUGGGCCAAUGGGCGCCCAUUUGCUGAGAUCUGCAAAAUGACGAAUGCUUACGAAGGAUCUCUGAUUCGUCUGUUCCGUCGUCUCGAAGAACUUCUCCGCCAGAUGGCCCAAGCUGGCAAGGUCAUGGGUAGUGAGGAGCUGACGAACAAGUUCGAGGAGAGUCUGACCAAGAUCAGACGCGACAUCGUCGCGGCUCAGAGCUUGUAUCUGUAA